UCUGAAAAUUUCCACAUCGGUAUACAAGGGAGAAAUGCCCGGUACAAGGACUUCUUAGUACAAUACUGCAUAGAACGAUGUGCGCAAGAGCCUGUUUGUUGCAUUACAGUCUGGCCCAUACAAGUCACCAAUUUUCGUUAUUUUCAGCAUAUAAGUCAGAAUUCAUUUCGAUAGACAAAUGAUGCUAAAUUUUAAACUGUAAUGUAGGCCGAUGAAUCGCAGACUUACCCGGGCUAUGCUCAUUGCGCUGUAGGUCAACGGUGUCUCCUCAUAUAGUGUAGUCAACCCCCUGUUCCGGAGGUCACAGGGGUCUUCUGCACGAGGUCCUGCGAGACGGGACCGAACGCCGACGUCGCCACAGACCUGAGCCUUCGUUUAAUCACAGUUGAGUCUGAAGAAUAUAUGCUCGAUGGCUCGGAACUCAGGUCACAGCCAUCGCCCUCAGUUGUAAGUCUGAGCUGGUGUACAGAAACAUCUGGGCGAUAUUGCUUUCUCCCCUCUGCUGUCAGCCCGUGUUCCUCUACGACAGACAUGACUUGACGAGCUUGUGUCAGUACACCAUCCGAGAGAGUCGGCUGAGUCUCAAACAGAUUGUUCGAUCAUGGUAAACAAUGGCAAUGCUCCUGCUAUCUACGGCCUGGGUAUAGGGGAUAUAGCCCAGUUGGUAGAGCGCCGCCCUUGCCAUUGGGUCGUUGCGCUUACGGGUUGGAUGCUUAAUUGUCUGCCCUAUACCCAGGCGAAGGAAAGGCAGGAAAGCAUGCAAAAAUAAAUAAUUAUGCUUUUUUUUUUUAUCUUGGCGCAGCUGGGCUAUCCUGGACUUGAACCAGAGACCUCGGCGCUUCCUCCACCGGCUUGAGCCGAAGGAUCUUCAACGACACAGCGGACCGGAUCCUGGUGGUGCUGUGUUAGCUGGAACUUCUGUUUAUGAUGCGAUGCAAUUUGUUGUACCUGAUGUUCAUACAAUUUGCAUGGGAUUAGCUGCUCACAAACGAGCCGAGGGACCAGCAACAGUGCUCGCCAUUGGCAAGGCCGUUCCGCCCACAGCAUAUCAACAGAGAGAUACCCGGACUUCUUCUUCGACAUUAUCAACACCAGUCACAAGACUCAACUCAAAGCCAAAUUCGCUAGGAUCUGUAAGUGUGUGUGAUAUAUCUGAUUGGGAUGUUUUGUUUCUCGUCGUUUGAGUGUUCUGAUAAAAUCAUCGGGAACAAUACCUUAGUUAAGAACUUCAGAAUUGAGAAUUCUGUGUCUGAUGAUGGUGCACAUGCUGUUCAAUUUGUUUAGGUAAGAAUUCCGGUCUCAACACCAUAUACUUCCAUUGCACGGAAGACAUUCUGAAAGCCAACCCGUCGAUGUGCACAUACUUGGAACCCUCGUUCGAUGUGCGGCAAGACAUUGCCAUCAUUGACGUUCCCAGGUUGGCAGAGACAGCGGCUGAGGAGGCUCUGGCGGAGUGGGGCCAACCCAGAGACCAAAUUACGCUCGUCGUGUUCGCAACCACCAGCGGAGUCAACAUGCCCGGAGCUGAUCUGACUCUCACCCGACUUUUGUGACUGAAUCCCAAUGUGUACCAUACCAUGCUCUAUCAACAGGGAUGCUUCGGGCGGGGCAACUGUUCUGCGUGUGGCCGAAGACUUAGCGGAGAAUAAUAAGGGGGCACGAGUGCUCACUGUUGUGAGCGAGCUCACCUGUGUAACUUUCCGCGCACCCAACGAAGAGCAUCUGGACAAUUUGGUGGGUUCUGCCAUCUUCGGUGAUGGAGCUUCAGCCCUGAUCAUCGGAUCCGAUCCCGUACCACACGUAGAGAAUCCCCAGUUCGAAUUUCACUGGUCUGGCGAGACCAUUCUGCCCGAGAGUGACGGCGCUAUUGAAGGGAGACUGACUGAAGCAGGAUUGAUAUGCCAUCUGCUCAAGGAUGUUCCUGGACUCAUAUCCAGAAACACUCUUCCCAUCUUUAACGGAGCCAUCGAGGUGGCAGGAUCCCCGAGCUGGAACGAUCUUUUCUGGUGUGUGCACCCGGGAGGUCGUGCCAUUCUGGAUGAAGUUGCCAAGACUCUGAGCUUGAAGCCGGAGAGGCUGGAAGCGACGAGAGAGAUUCUUUACAAUUACGGGAACAUAUCAGGAGCUAGCGUACUGUUUAUCCUGGAUCAAACGCGGAGGCGUUCAGCCCAAAAAAAGAGCAGCACAACUGGCGAGGGAUGCGAGUGGGGACUUGUGGUCGGCUUCGGACCCGGUUUGACGGUGGAAGUUGCGGUCCUGAAGGCGAUUGCCACCUGUCACUAAUAUUACAGAAACAAUUUUUAUCAUCACUUACUAUGUUAGACUUGCACCUUAGAAACAUUUUUCAAUUUUUUUCCGAAAGCUUGAAUAACCGCGAGCCCGGACAAAAGCUUCUGUUAACUACUGGAGGCGUAGGUUCCUGAACAAAACGCACCAGCUUUCUGUUCUCUUGGCCGGCUUUCGCUGUUCGCGAAAUCUGGCCAAGACAUCCAGAUCAUAGAUAUCUAGAAUUCACAUGUGCUUGAAUAGAAACUGGAAUCUCUGAGAUGAUAUUUAUUGUGGGAAUGCCAGAGAAGCCUUCAGACACUGCUGGUUGCAACCUGUUCGUUCAAGUUUCCCAGCUCGAUUACAUUCUACCAGUUCUUUCCCGAAUGUAUGCAAACUAUCAUUCGCUGAAGUUGCGGCUGAAAUCAGAUAUUUCCUGUUGUCAAAAACUGGGACGACAGUGUGAUACUGAAAAAUGUACCGUUCUGUGUUGGGAAUGCCUGUGAGAAAACCG